CGCAAGUUUCCCGCCACUCCGCGCCGAACCUUCACGCGCGCUGCCCGUCUCGCGACUGUCGCGCCGCGCCGCAAACUCGCGCGCACCGAACGAUCGACCAGUGAAGUGCUAGGAUUCUGUGAUGUGUUCUGUGACUGCCCUGUAGGGCUUUGGAUAAUUGUGUACUUUCUGGAUUUUCAGUAAGACAUGCUGAAGCACGUGGCGGUGUCCCCGCACCGCGCGCGCGCGGACUCGGUGAGCCUGGCCUCCUCGGCCUCGUGCUGCAGUCUCGGCUCGCUCGACCACCGGCACGACUCCGUCGGAGAUCUGUCGCAGAGGACGACCACAAUCAAAGUGUACGCCCGCCGCCUCCGGCCGGACAUCGAAUACAAGACCCUCUCCGUGACGUGGGGCACGCGCGCCCAGGAGGUGGUCGCCACGCUCCUGGGCAAGUUCCGCAUGCGGCACAGAGACCCUCGCCUGUUCUACCUGAGCAUGGAAGUGAGGGUGCGCGCUGCGGGUCUGAGGACAACGUUGGUGCUGGAUGAUGACGCCCGGCCGGCCGCGCUGCAGGCUUGCCACCCGAAAGGAUAUUCUAAGUUCUCUCUGGAGAUGCGUCCCGGCGGGCUGGUGAAGAUCUACGACUCGGCGCUGAUGUCGUCCUCGCAGUACAAGUGCCUGCUGACCAGCGAGCGCACGACGGCCGACGAGCUGCUCACCAUCCUCCUCCAGUGCUACAACUCCGCCGAGGGCGUGGAGCGGUUCUCUCUGUAUGAGGUAUGUCCCUCACAAGAGUAUGAGCGCAAACUACACCCCGACGACCUACCCCUGCUGGUGCAGCGAGCGUGGCCCGCGGACAGCGACUGCCACUUCCGCGUGCGGCGCAACCCGCGCGCGCCGCCGCUCCCGCCGCGCGCGCUGGCCCUCCCCCUCCCCGUCCCCCUCGCCCCGCCCGAGCAGCCCGACGACGAGCCCUCACGCGCCCUCUCCGCGCUCUCCUUAGAGUCAGACAGCGACAACAGGAGGUACAGCCCCGUCUACAAGUUCCCUAGCAUCAGCUACUGUAAAGAAACGAAAAACGACUAUCUCUACAUAUGACUCCCCGAGUGAACUGUGCGAGUGUACAUAAGACUUUUCGUGUGAAGUGUAAAUAAAUUUACCUCAGGACGUUUCUAGGAGUGAAACCAAAGACGUAUGGCUUUGAUUAAUGGAAUACUAAACUGUGUUGACAAUGCAAUAGAAACUGUUAAUCGGUGAGGUGAAAUACGUAUCUUUCCCGUCUUCACUUAAAUGUAUUGGAUUAUGUAAAAAUAGUGUGUAACAAUUUAUUUUCUAGUCUUGUAGUAUUUCACCUCGGUAAAGCGAAUAUAUCUUCUAUCGUUACCAAAAUUCGGACAAUAUUUGAAUCGGGCUUAGUGUAAAUUAUCUUGUAAAUAUUAACUAAUAUAAUUAUUAGCUAGUAGACACCAAAGAGGCAAGCGAGAAUAUAUGAAAUUAGAGUUAUUUUCCUGUUAUGUAUUGUAAUGUUUAAUUUAUUUAUGAGAACGGCUGCCGCCUGUCGAAUUUCAACGCCUGUAAUAAAACGCAAGUUUUUCAUAAAA